AAUUUACUCCCUUAACAUAAUUUGCUCACCUUCGUCAUCAUAUCUUCUUCUCCCUCUCUUUUCCUUUAUUCUUUUUCCCCCGUAGAAACUCUCUUCCUUUCAGUCCCUCGCGGUAAGUGGGUUUUCGAUCCUUCGAACUUCUGUUCUUCAUCCCAGAUCGAGAAGUCAGCCGCGCGCCAUGGGAAACUGCUUAGCUCCAAACAAGAAAUGGUUCCAAGAAGGCAGGGGAUAUUUCGAUGAACAACGGCGGAAUCGACGUCGGGACGAAAGUGAAGAUAGUUUUGACAAAGAAGGAGGUUGACUGGCUCAUGUACGAGCUGAAAGUGAAAUACAAUAGCGGCGGCGGCUCCACGAAGAAGCUUGAAAAUGCUCUGGCUGAGAUCGAGGGAAACAUAUGGGCGAUUGUGAGCCUUCUCUCCUGGACGGAGUGGAUGAUUUUGGAUUGGAUAUGAGGAUAGGAUAGUGAGGAUGAUUCUCGAAUUAGGGUUACAGAGAGGGAAACAUAUUUUGGAUGGUUUGUAAUUUAUUGGGUGAGGUUGAGUUUGGUUGCGUUGGGUAUAAUUGGUUUGGUUUAUUGAUUUGUUAUUAUUAUUAUUAUUAUUAUUAUUAUUAUUAUUAUUAUUAUUUAAUAAUGUGGAAUGCUAAUUGGAAUAAAUUAACAGACUUUUGGAUGGAGUUGGACGGAAUUACAUUUUUGUUAUUAGUGCAAACAUAUGUUACUGAAACGUGCAAAAUUAAAGGUUUGUGACCGUUUUGUACAAAGUGAAUAGUUUUGUCACCAUUUAUGAUAAUUACCCGGCGAGUAGCCAUUUACACGCUGCCGUAUCAACUGAACUUCUUAACUACCAAGAAAACGGUGUCGUUUGGAGGGUAGAAGAGUAAAUCGACAACGAAGAAGGAAAAAAAAUUAGGUUUUUAUUUUACCGGUACGGCGGACCUCUCUUUCCCGGCCCGUCGCUUCUCCACCAUUCUCCAGUCCUGUCCAGUGGUGGUGCAAGCACCGGCUGGUUGCCGCCGUCCCCUUGCUCUCUCGCUGCCUCAUCGGCGGCCGUGGCUGGGGGGAACUAACUGCUAGUGGCCUCUUCGGCGCCAGAUUUCGCAUCUGAGUUGACGUCGAUGCCUCUCCCUCUCCUUCCAGCAUUCUCGACGGUUCAGGAAGGUAAGCUGGAACUGAAGUAGGCAAUGGAAAGUAUUUUGCUUUUUAUCUUGUUGUGCUGUGAAAUUCAAUGGGUCAACGUUUCGGACCAUGAAUUGCAAUUGCCUGAUAUAUAUAACUCAAGCUGUUUCGCCUGGAUUAGAUGUAUUCUGCCGCGGCUGCUGGUUGGAUAAGCGGUUUAUGUUAAUUAGUCGUUGUUGCCGUGGGAACAACAGUUGGUAGUUUUUGGUUCCUUCUUGCUGCUACCGUGUUCAAUGCUCUCCUUGAUCUGCAUGUUACCGUUUGUUAUUUGGAUUCUAACCUUGCUUCUUUGCUGACUUGUCUGUGGGCAGAGUUAAAUGGAGGCAGGAUUGACAGAGCGUAGUGACGAGAAGGGUGAAGAAGAGUAUGUACUACUUGACCUUGAUGCGGUCAUGGAGCACGUUAGCAUUCGGCCAGAUACGCCAUAUGUUCUUACUGUAAUGCUUCACUCAUGUCCUUUGCAAUUUGCAUAACCUUUUACUUAUGUUUGCAUUUCAUUUGAAUGUUGAUUUGUUAGUAAUCAAUCUUUGGCGUGGAUGUAAAGUUUGGUUUGGCAUUCAUAGUAUAUGUUCACAAGUAAUCGUGAGAAAUAUGGGAUCAUCGAUAGACAACGAAUUGGAUGCAUGGAUAGGAUUAUGUUGCAGCUUUCAAAGAUCAGUAGGUUGGUUGUUUGUGAUCACCUGCAUCUUAUGUGUUUUUUGCUGUUUGAUUUUAGUGUAUCCCAUCAUUUCUCUCCCUCGUCUCGCCUGCGUGUUAAGAAUACAUGGUCUUUUAGAUUCAUCCAAAGCUUUGUACUUGAUUUAUAUGCUUCUUCCCUGGUUUGCUACAUUCAUGUCAUAAGUUAGACACUUUUAGGAUGUUGUCUACCAAAAUCUUCAGUAAGUCGUUCUUUUUUGUUUGAAUCAAUGAUAGGGUCUGGACACGUUGAACCCAAUGCUGAUUAUAGAUGGCAAAGUGAAGCUGGUGAGUUGCUACUUGUAAGGGGUUCACUGUGCUUUGUGAAAGUUUGUAUUAUAUUACUGUUGUUGAAAAAUCCUUUUUUUUUUUUUGUCAUGCUUGUUACAGAUUGGAGAAUAUGAAGAGACAAUAGGAACUUGCUUGGUUUUCUCAGAAAACGGUGAGCGUGCUUACCACCUUGUUUCUCUGGCCGUUUUGCGAACUCGGCCUAGAUUUGUUCCGCCGUUGCAUAGUAGCUAUCACUUCGCUUUUCUAGGGAAAAAUAGCCAUAAACUACUGAUCUGCACACAGUAGUUGGUAAAGAGAAAUAUGAAGCUGACUGAAAAGUGACUUCUUUUUAGAUCCAGCCAACAGGGUUGUGUAAAAGUUUAUAGCUAUGGGGACAAACUUUUCUCCAUUCACAGUGUGAGAAACCAACGUUAACAGAAGAACAAGGCAGUUAUGUGAAAACAGUCCGAACAUUGGAUGCUCAAUAGACAUCAAGAAAUCGAAGAUGUGCAUGUUGGAAGCGACAUGGACCCUUUAUUUACCUAAUGAUUCUAUGCUGAGAUGUGAAGUUAUUCUAGUUAUCCUCGGGCUUAUUCCGUAUAUGUUUACUUUUUGAUGCUUUCAUAUGUUCUGAUUGAUGCCUGGCGAAAACUGAACUUGAUAAGUUUGGCCAAAUUCUUGCAGAGGCCCCUGUCCUGCAUAAAGAGACUGGACCAUCGGAUGCGAAUCUCUUCUCAGGGAGAUGCAUAGUGGAUCCAAAUCAAGUACCGUCCAAGGAAGUGAAACCGGUUGCUCGUCUUCAAAAGGUCCUCAAGUUUAGGUUGUUGCUAGAUGGUGUAGAUGAUGCUCAACAAGAUCACCCAUCAACUGAUUGAUGCCUGGCGAAAACUGAACUUGAUAAGUUUGGCCAAAUUCUUGCAGAGGCCCCUGUCCUGCAUAAAGAGACUGGACCAUCGGAUGCGAAUCUCUUCUCAGGGAGAUGCAUAGUGGAUCCAAAUCAAGUACCGUCCAAGGAAGUGAAACCGGUUGCUCGUCUUCAAAAGGUCCUCAAGUUUAGGUUGUUGCUAGAUGGUGUAGAUGAUGCUCAACAAGAUCACCCAUCAACUGAAGGAAAUGCUUCGAACCAAUCAACAGCUGCUCAAAACUGAAGGCGAGCAGUUGAUAUGAUUACAGCAGCAAAACCUACUUACGGGUAAUCAUGUGGAGAACAACCUGUUAACUUUGAGCUUUUAUGUGAAUAGAACUGGGUUGAUGGUUUAUUUUAUGUUCUAAAGGUCUCGCCUUCACCGUCACUUUCCUCUCAAGUAACCGUUAUAUAAUCGUUACUUGAGAGAUAGGCCAACUUGCAUACAUGAAGCUGGAAUUAAACACAACAAACGCAUACAACACAUUGAAACGAAACACACAAAGCAAACAAAGUGAAAGAAACAUAAGCAAAAUUU